UGGCUGUCUAUUCCUUUACAUCACCGGUGCAUAGACUGAUACAUUAGUGUAGUGUGUUUUCUCCGUCUCAAACAUAUCACAAGCGCAUCUAUAAACAUGAAAAAUGUUUUCUUUGACAUCACUAUUGGUGGAGAUCCCGCUGGUAGGAUCGUAAUCAAGCUCCGGGAUGAUGUGGUCCCAAAUACUGCAGAAAACUUCCGUGCUUUGUGCACAGGUGAGAAAGGUUUCGGCUACAAAGGCUCCUCGUUUCACAGAAUCAUCCCUGAGUUCAUGUGCCAGGUACAGUGAAGACAAGGGCGGGGACUUUACCAAACACAAUGGAACUGGAGGCAAAUCCAUCUAUGGAGAGAAGUUUGCUGAUGAGAACUUCACGUUGAAGCACACAGGCAUGGGCACACUGUCCAUGGCUAAUUCUGGGCCCAACACCAACGGAUCCCAGUUCUUCAUCUGCACAAAGAAAACUGCAUGGCUGGACGGGAAGCACGUGGUGUUUGGCAAUGUUGUGGAGGGCACUGAUAUUGUCAAGGCAAUGGAGAAGCAAGGCACAGGACAAGGCAAAACUAAAACCAAGGUUGUCAUUGCCGACUGUGGUCAAGUCUGUUAGUUCAGAUAUAUCCUUUAUCAUCCCAGUUAACCUAGUCUGAAUAAAAUAAUGCUGAUGGCGUCAAUAAAACACUUGAAAGUUUACUUUUUGUUUUUGUUGUCUCAUUCACAAAUAAACUGCUUUGUUCUUACUUAA